AUGUCUCGAUACUUGAGUUAUAAAGAGGAAUGCGAAAGAUUACAAAAAUUAUUAGCGGAAGUUUCAACAGAUGAAGAAUCUCUUAAUGAGGAAGAUGAAGAAAUUGUUGAUGAAGAAUUAAUUAGUGAUCAUAAAUCGAAUUCAGAAGAGGAGCUAGAUUCAGACAGUGAAGUGUACGUUUGUGAAUCCACCGAUGAUUACGUUGGGAAAGACGGUAAAACGAUAUGGCAUAAAAAGGAGCCAAGGAAAAAUGUGAGAACUCCUGCUCACAAUAUCAUUUCAAAACUGCCUGGAAAUAUUGGCGAAACAAAAAAUGUAUCCUCGCCAAUAAAUUCUUGGACAUUUCUGAUUGAUGAAAGUAUGAUAUCAAUUAUUGUCGAGUGCACGAAUAUUUUUAUUCGAUCAAUUGCAUGUAAAUUUGGAAGAGAAAGAGACGCUCAUCCUACAAAAAUUUCUGAAAUAAAGGCAUUUAUAGGACUUCUCUAUUUUGGUGGACUGCACAAAUCUUCCCAUGUAAAUGUAAAGGACCUCUGGGCUACUGAUGGAACAGGAAUUGACAUAUUCCACCGUACUAUGUCAUAUAAACGUUUUUUAUUUCUGAUGAGGUGUGUCAGAUUUGUUGAUAUAAGAGAUCGUUCUUCUAGAAGAGAAGUGGAUAAACUUGCUCCCAUCAGAAAUAUUUUUGAAAUGUUCGUCGCAAAUUGUCAAAAAGUUCAAACUCUUGGAGAAUAUGUGACAAUCGACGAAAAAUUAGAACCGUUCAGAGGAAGGUGUUCAUUUCGACAGUAUAUGCCAAAUAAACCAGCCAAGUAUGGAAUAAAAAUUUUUGCCUUGGUAGAUGCGAGAACAUUUUAUACAUGGAACCUAGAGAUUUAUGCAGGAACUCAACCAGCAGGACCAUAUAACGUUGAAAAUGGCCCAGACAAAAUUGUAAAGAGAUUACUAGAACCUAUUUUCAAUUCAGGACGCAACCUAACUGUUGACAAUUGGUACACUAGCUAUGAUUUAGCAAAAGACCUCUUGAAGAAAAAAAUUACACUUGUGGGAACAGUCCGAAAAAAUAAAAGGGAGCUUCCAAAGGAAUUCAUUUCUGGAAAAAAACGAGAACAAUAUUCAACAUUAUUUGGAUUCCAAAAAAAUUUGACACUGGUUUCUUACGUACCGAAAAAAAACAAAUGUGUUGUUCUUUUAUCCUCAAUGCAUAAUGGUGGUACAAUUGACGCUUCUACAGGAGAAGCAAAGAAACCAGAGAUUAUAACAUUUUAUAACCUUACAAAGGGCGCAGUUGAUGUAGUGGAUGAAAUGUCAGCUACAUAUUCUACUGCGAGGAUAAGUAAAAGAUGGCCUAUGGUCAUAUUUUUCAGUAUGCUGAAUAUUGCUACUGUAAAUUCUCGUAUCAUAUUACUGUCAUCAAAUACGCCACCCGUUCAGUAUAAGAAAAGAAGUUUAUUUAUAAAAGAUCUUUCUUUAGAAUUAUUGAAGGACCACCUUCAAGAAAGAAGUAUGCAGGCUACUCUUCCCCGUCAAUUGCGUGACCAAUUGAAUUGUAACCGCAGUGAAAAGUGUGAUACUCCCCCGCAAAAAAAGCAAAAAUUUUCUAGAAAAAGAUGCCAUGUAUGUCCCAGUACAAAGGACAGAAAAUCCCAAAUGUGUUGUUCCGCGUGUAAAAAAAAUGUAUGCGGGGAACAUAGCAGCGUUGUUUGCUGCAAAUGUCUCUAA